AUGCAGCAGCACGUGCCGCCGCCCGAGCUUGUGCCGGUCCAGCUGACGCUUGGGAGCAGCAAGGGCACAUUUCGAGAUUGGGUGCUGUGGCCAGUUGCUGUCACAACCCAGGAGGAGCUGGAAUCUUUUGCUGCGGGCUUGGUCAGCGACCUGGGCGUGCCACCGCAAUUCAGACGGCCCGUAGCAGACGCCAUUGGGGCGCAGGUGGCAGACUGGGUUGCCAACGUGCCGCCGCCUGCCACCGGGCCCAGCCCACGUCGCGAGCUCGUCAGGCUGGACCUGGUGCUGGGUGGCAGCCUGCGCCUGCGCGACCAGUUUUGGUGGGAUCUGCACGCCGCAACACCCACGCCCGAGGAUUUUGCGGCCGAGCUGUGCGCGAAUUCGGACAUCGACGCGUGCCACGGUGCCGCGGUGGCCGCCGCCAUACGCAUUGAGCUGGGCAAGCUGCGGCGGUCGGCGCCCAUCAACCUGCAGCUUCCCAUGCCGCGCAUUUUGGACACAUUAGCGACAGGCGCAGCAGGCGCAGCAGGCGCCGAGCCAGGCGAUGCAGAUGCGUUGUUUGGCUUGAAAAACGUCUAUGCCGACAGGCAAGAAUGGCACAAGUGGGGCCCCUCGCAGCACCAGCUGAGUGUGGAGGAGGCACAAGCGCUGCAGAAGCAGCAGCAGCUGGUUGUGCAGCAGCGCCAGCAGCAGCAGCUGGCGCAGCGGCUCCACCAGCAGGCUGAGCUGGAGCGUGCGGAGCUCAUGGCCAAGCAGAGUGCAGCAGCGGCACAGCAGCAGAGUGUUCAGGGCCCGGCGGCCCAGCAGGCCAAGCGCCUGCAGCAGCUGCACGAGCAGCGACCGCCUGCGCCGGGCGAUGGCGAGGUGUUGGGUGCCCGACGGCAGCUGCGCCAGCGCCGGGGACGUGCCAGCCGCCUGAAAGAGCUUCUGCGGCAGGAGGAGGAAGCGGACGAGGAGUCCAACCAAAGCAGCGCCAGCCUGAGCGGCGGCGGCGGCGGCGGCGGCAGGAGCACAGCCCGGGCGGCGGAGGCAGCGGGCGGCAGCACCGCAUCCCGUGACUACCUGCCCGAUGAGGACUCCCUCAUGCAGCAGGAGAUGCAGGAGGCUGAGGAGGAGAGGAAGGAGGCGCGGCACCGCCCCUCGCGCCCCCGGCAGCGCCGACGCACAGCUGGUGCAGCGGGCAAGGCUGCUGCGGUAGCACAGAAGCAGCAGCAGCAGCUUCUGCCCACACCGCAGCAGCAGGCCAUGCUGCCAAUGCAGCUGCCCAGCAGCGGCAGCGCAGGGGCGCCACCAUUGCUGGGUCAUGGCAUGGGUGGCGGCGGAGGUGCGGGGAUGCCGCCCCUGCUGCCCAGCGGCAGCGGAGUGGGCGGCGCCCUGUUUGGCAAUGGAAUGGGAGGGGCCCUGAUGAGCAUGGGUGGCGGCAGUGGCGUGGUGCCAGUGCUACAGCAGCAGCAGCAGCUCCCGCCGGGCAUGGUCCCCACAGGCAGCGGACCGAUUGGCGGCGGCAUGCCCCAGCAACCGUCCCUGGUGCCGCAGCAGUCGCUGCCGCCGCAAGGGCCGCUGCAGGCAGCGCGGCAGGUGCCACCUGCUGCGCAGGUGCACAUGGUGGGUGGCGCCAUUGUGCAUUUUGCCCGGGAGCUCAACAUGAAGGAGGACAAGAUCCGGGCCAUGCUGAGCCGCACCCCCCAGGAACAGCUCAGCCUUUUCCGCACACUGCACCAGCUGGUGCAGCAGGCGCGGGCGCGGCAGCAGCAGCAGCUGGAGACGGCGGCGAUGCUGGCGGCGCAAGUUCAGCAGGGAGUGGGGGCAGGGCUGCCGCCCAUGCAGGCGCCGGCGCUGCCACCCGAGAUGCUGCCGCCCAUGCCAAUGCCCUUGCCCGCGCCGCGGGAGCAGCAGCACCAGCCAGUGAACCAGUUCAGCGAAAUGUUCAGCGAAAUGUUUCCGUUGUGA